AAAUUUCAUUAAACACAAAACAAAAAUGUUCAAACUUUUGGUUGUCGCUGGUUUGUGUGCAUUGGCUCAAGCCGUUCCAAAAUAUGGUGGCUAUGGUUUAGCUGGUGGCUAUGGAUUAGGUGGUGGCUAUGGAUUAGCUGGUGGCUAUGGAUUAGCUGGUGGCUAUGGAUUAGCUGGUGGCUAUGGAUUAGCAAGUGGUCUUGGUGGCGGUGCAUUGGUUGGUAAUGGUGCUUUACUCGGUGGUGGCGCUUUGGUAGGCGGUGGUGCUUUGGUAGGCGGUGGUGCUUUGAUCGGCGGUGGUCUCGGUUUAGCUGCUGUUGGUGGUCCAAUUCAAGCUGCUGUACAAAGCCGACAAUCCGUUCAAGUUUACGAUGUUCCAUCAUCCGGUCCAGUCGCUCCAAUCAAUAUUGAUAUCGGUGCCAACACCGUCCCAGUCAACAUGAUGUUCCGAUCACGAUCAUCAGCUCUUAAUGUUCAACAAAUGCACGAAGGUCAAGCUGGUUCCUUCCAAGAAACCGCUAGCCAAGACGAACCACAUGUCUUGCGACACACUGUCAACAAACCAGUUAUCCAAGAAGUCCGAGAAGUCAUCUCACCAUUCCGACGAAUCACCCAAACUGUUCAACCAGUCCAAGAAAGUAUUGAAACUCUUGUUGCCCGUAACGCUGGUGGUGCUCCAGCAGGUAAUGCCAUCGCUACCGUUGCUGCUCCAGUUGGUGUUGGUGCUGUUGCCGCUGGUCCAGUUGCCGCUGUAGCUGCUCCAGUUGCUGCUGUAGCCGGUCCAGUUGCUGCUGUAUCCGGUCCAGUUGGUGUUGGUGUUAUUGGUGCUGGUCCAGCUAUCGCUACUGGUGGUGUUUUAGGUGGUGGCGCUAUCUUGGGCACCGGUUUAGCUGGUGCUGGUUUCGGCCGUGCUGGUUUCGCCGGUUACGGAUAUAAUGCUGGUGCUUAUGGUUUGGGUUUGGGAGCCGGUAAAUUGUAUGGCAAAUAUUAAAAAAAAUCCCAAAUCAAAUGAAUAUUCCCCAGUAAAUAAAUAUCCAUCACCCAUUUUUCAUCACAAUCAAUUUCCCUCCUAUAUUACCUACAAUCAAUCAAUAUAUUCCGGGUGCCAAAUAUAACUACUACGGUCCAUUGUGAUUCAUGUGUGUGAAUCGAAUAUUUUUUUUCUUUUGCUGACUCUCGAUAAUGUAUCAAUGAUAAAAAAAAUCCAUUAUCUUGAUCAUCAUUAUCUUGUUUUUUCCAUCACUGCCACACGCAAACACACACACACACACAUACAUCCCUUUUCUCUAUCUCACAUUCUCAGUAUAUAAAUAAAUGAAUAAAUAAUUAUUUUUUAUAAAUAAA